AUGAAUCAGGCAACAGUGUAUCAGAAGUACAAGCUGUCUGUGGUCUCUGGUGGUAAACCAGUACUGCCUAGGAGCGCGAACAAGUCCAGUUGCAACAAAGGAAUUGCCUGUCUAACUCAUGACGAGCUCAAUUAUAUCGUUCCUUUCAACAAUCAGAUCAAAGUAUACUCGAUUAAAACGAGACAAUGUGUCAAGACUUUAAAAUUUGCUAAUAAUCAGUGCUUGUCUGAGGUUUUUGUUUCGGAUCAAGCUACAAUUGCACAAAUCUCUCUUGGAGAUGUUACCAGUGAAAAUUCAGCCCAGAGGCAAGAAGACAGAGAAUUGACCGUCUUUACUAAUGAUGGCCGUAUCAUAAUACUAAACUACAAGGGCAAGUUGGUUGAUUCUCCAAAAUUACUGCAAGUCAAGUUGGACCAGGGCGAAACUGUUUGCAAAGUAUUUAUUUCCGACGACAACACUUUAAAGCUCCUAACAAGUAAGGACUCCGUUGUGGAAUACACUUACAGGAUCUACGACUUGAAAAUCCAAGAUGAACCACAACUAAGUUUGGAGGAAACAUUUGACAAUGUAAUCUUGUCCACAUGGUCUUCCAACGACAGAAUCUUGGCAUUUUUACAAAAGAAAGACAACAAGAGAAACAUCCAGCUUCAUUCCAUUUUCGAUGACAGUUUGAGAAAGAACUUUCCUUUAUCAUCCGUAUUUGCAUCUCAAAAUCAAUCGUCAUCAUCAUCGUCCACAAAUUCCAAGUAUGUUACAAGCAUGGCCAUCGAUCGCAUGGGUGAGCAACUGGCAAUGGGGUUCGCGUCUGGUGUCAUAAAUGUUAUCACUGUCUCAGACUUGCAAGGAAGACUACUGAAAUGGCACAUAGACUCUGUGUUAUCUUUAUGCUUUACAGAGGACGGUUCAUACCUGCUUUCAGGUGGUUGGGAAAAGGUAAUUAGUUUUUGGCAGCUAUCCACUAAUAUGCAGCAAUUUUUGCCCCGUCUUAAUGGUGUUAUUAUAGAUUGUCAAUCUGUGGGCUACGACAAAUAUUACUCCUUGGCUUUGCAAAUGACUGAAAAUUCAACCAACUCUGACUUUCAAUUACUUUUGCUCAACGCGGCUGAUUUGACCUCGAAGCUAGUGGUCAAUGGCCCAUUGCCCGUCUUCGAUAGUGCCGUAAAGAACACUAUUCAACCAAUAUCUGCCGUGGCAACAAAGGCCUCUACAACAGUUACAACUAUGAACCUCUCGAAGAAGAAGCAGAAGAAAAAGCACCUGAAAAGUAAAAGGCAGGAUUACACUACUUGUGCAAGCAUUCAUCCUGUCACAAAACAACUAUACUUUCCACACAUGUCUGCCAUACAAGUUUACGAUUUUUACAAGAAUGAACAAUCGUCUUACCAAUACUUAGCAUCAGGUGUAAACAACUCUAUGGGUAAGGUCAGAUUUGAGCUGAAUAUCAAAGAUCCAGUGAUUCUAGAUGUCAAAUUUACCAGAGAUGGUAAAUGGAUGGCCACUUACGAAGUAGAGUAUCCCGCUGACGACCUACUAUGUUCGAAGGAUCUUGUGCACAAUUUGAAGUUCUGGGAUAAAGAAGAAAACGAUUCACAGUGGAACCUGAGAACAAAAGUUGUCAAUCCUCAUGGUGUUGGCAUCCCAAUAACGAAAAUCCUGGCCGCUCCUACUACGAUAAAUGGCUCACAAGGUUUUCUAACAGCAGAUAACGAGGCUGGCCUAAAAUACUGGUCUUACGAGGAGUAUGAAAAGAAUUGGUGCUUAACUAAGCUAUCGCUACCAAAUUUCAACCAUUUCAGUAAUUCUGUCUCUCUAGCAUGGUCACAGGAUGGUAGUUUAAUCUUCCAUGCUUUUGAUGAAAAGUUGUUUAUUCUAGAUUUUGAUACUUUCAGAAUUUUUGAAUCGAAUAAUACAACUAAUGAAUUCAAUCUUGAUUCCGAGGUUCAGGCGAUCCAGCUAAUCAACAACACCAAUCUGAUAGUUGCCACACGUACAACGUUGAACGUUUUCAAUCUGCUAAAGGGCGGAAUAACCAACAGCUUUGACCUUCACCCAUAUGUCAAUGGUGUUUAUAAGAAUGGUCACCUGGAUAGACUCAUUAGCUGUGAUGAAAAGACCGGAAUAGUAGCAUUAGUGAUCAACCAAAAAGUUAAGGAUGAAGAUGGCACCCCAUCUGCUGAUUACAAGUCUCGUGUUGUCGUAUUUGACAAUGACCUUUCAAACAAAUUGGGGUGUUUUACACACCCUGAAUACAUUUCCUGGAUAGGCUGGAACCAUGACACCGACUUUAUCUUUCUAGAUACCGAGUGUCGUCUAGGUGUUGUAGGCACUACUGUCAACACCGAAAUGUCAGACGAAGUGAACAAAGAGGGCAUACUGGAUGAUUUGCAAAACGGUACUAACGAUUUCGCAUCCCAAUUGCAAAAGCUUUCGUCAACAAAAUCUACCAAUGGCCACGCCAAAGAAGACGAAGAAGAGGAAAUUGCAUUGGAAUUCAUCAAUGGUGAAAAGAACCACAAACUGAUAAACAUGAACAGUUUCACCAGCAUGCUCGAUAAUUUCCAAAAUGUUCAAAUGGACACACUUUUUGAUCGUGUCAUGAGGGUUAUUACAUAG